AAUUGGAGCUGCAAUAAAACAACCGGUCGACGCGCUGGAAGCGGGUAUAGCUGCAGUUUCUUAGGUAAGUUUCACACGCCUUUUACUUCAUUUUUCUUGCCAAGGAAGUCAAACCAAAGUGUUUUGUAAGUUGUGCUAAAGAGAUUUUUGCACCUUGUAUCCCUGCAAAGGCCACAUGAAAGUAUGUUAAAUAUUUUACCAAUUCGUCAACUAUUCUUGUGGCAAGUGCAUUGAUUAACACAUUCUGUGAAUUAUUUACAUAAAUGACUCAGCGAUGCUGUCACUCCCGCAUUAGUCAGCUUUGCAGCUAAUCUAUCUAUUAAGAUAAUGUAUAAAACAAAUGUGAAUAACCCGAGAUAUUAUAUAAGUCUAUCUAGAUCGGUCAGCUCUAUAUCUUAAGCUCUUUAGACAUUAGCUGCAAUUUUAUUUAGUUUAACUUGAAAUCAAACUGAAUUUAUUUCAUGCUGGUUUGCCAGCUCAUUAAACCUAAUUAGGAAUACAUCGAAUGCGCUUUCAGAAGCCAGUUUCAUUUUGAGAUCCUUUGAUUAAUUGGCUAACUUUUGCGCAUCAGCGCACAACAAAGCAGCUGAGCCUUAUGAAGUUUACCUGAUUUAUUUUUGGCUUCUGAUACGAAAUUCAUAAUUCAGAAUCAAAUUUAUGUUUGCACAGCUCAAUUUUUGCCCAGGCAACAAAAACAAAAAAAAAAAAAACUGUUGACUCUUCUCAGAACUCAGACGGGGUCUCUAUACAUAUAUAUAUAUAUAUAUGAAUUCAAACAUAUUUAAUAAUCGUCGGCAAAGCUACAAAGUCUGGCAAGUCGCAGACUUGCAAAAAAAAAAAAAAAAAACUAAGCAAACUUCAACUGAAAAGUGAAGCGAGCUUCAAAAACUUCUCGCAAGCCCAAAAAGCAUUGAAAACAAACGCAGCGUAUUUGCUUUAUUUGCAAUAGAUACAACCUGAACGAUGUGAAGAUACAUUAACCUUCGUGUUUUCGGUCGUUUCGACAAUUCUGGUUGUUUUUGGUUGCGCAAAUACGACAGCGACAGCGACAGCGACAACGACGACAGCAACUUUGUAUCUAAAAUCAACAAGUUCACAACGAACAUGAAAAAAGAUAAAACCUUUAAGCCUCAGGCACACACACACGCUCUCAUUCAUUGUCAGGCGUUUGCUUAGACAACAAACAAAAACCUCAAAAAAAAAUUAGAGAACAACCCAGCAAAAUCAUCCAGUUAACUGACAUAGAACUCCACAAACACGUAAAUACUUACCCGAAUACGACUCAAAUAUAGAACGUAACUCGAUCAGAUAAUUCAAUUUUGUGACACUCUAGUGAGUCGUCUUUUUUAGGGUGGGCCACGAGUGAGCGAGAGAGUGAGAGUGGGGGAGUGUUUUGAAGUGUUUUGGCUUCAUUAGUUUGUUUGAUUAAAAUUUAAGUUUGAAUUUACGAAUGAGUAAUGUGUUCGGAAUAAAGUGAAAUUGAUCCGCAGUUAGUCAAAGCAAAGGUCUAAGCCCUGUAUCAAAAUCGUUUAAUUAUUUUUGAGUAAUUUUUUCUAUACCCUGCAUCCAUUAAAAUGUUUAAAGAGGGUAUAUUAAAGUUGUGCAGACCCCACUGAUUGCUUUUUCUGGUGAGAAUGAACAGUUUUGCCAGGCACGGGCAGGGAAGAUCUUCGAUAUUUUAUCGAUAACUCUCAUCCUUAGACCCAAAAUUUCGAUUAAUAUCGCUUACCAGUUUCCUGUUGCUAAAGAUCGUGAAAUUCUUGAUUUAAAUGAAUGCAAAGCGAUAAAUUGUAUUUUCAGUCACGUUAUCUGAGCGAAAUUUCUGGUUUUUGAAAUUCUUUAAGAAUUUGGUUAGUCUAUAAUUGCUCAAGAUUUUUGCAAAAACCGAUAAAUAUCGAUUUUCAAUCGGCGAGAUUUUAGGUUUUCAAAUUCGUAAAGAAAGUUAGUCGUUAAUUGCUCAAGAUUUCUGCGCAAAUCGAUAAAUAUCGAUAUAUACCAUUUUUAAAUUCUAAAAUCGAUACUUUAGUUGGGAGUUCUUCGAGAUUUCUGCAGCAAAAUGCCAAGCUUUGUCUGAUUGUUACACAUAAAUAUCAACUUGCAGCAACUGGCAACAAAUGUAAAUUACAGCAAUUUAUCGAGUUGCUGGCGCAAAUAUUUGAUGACAAUCUCACAUGCAACCGCUGCAAAGUACCUUUCACCAAGGCAACACUUUUGUGGCAUCCGUGAAACAUGCCCCAUAAAUAUCCGCGAGCCACCACCAACUAUCGUAAUUUGGUGCGGCGAGUGCGGGCAAUUCGAUUACUUCGAUUACCACAAGUGCAAUGGAGGCCAUGAGUAAUGCAAAUGGAACCUGGACACUGGAAAUUGAUACUUGGCUCACUUUGAACUCGAACAACAGCAGUUGAGGUCGUUGAAAUGGUUAUUCAAUACAAACGUAUUCGGUAAUUUGGAUGUUAUUUCAGCUGCGAUUGCAAUUUCAAAACAAAUGGCUUCGCAAAAGACGAAAUUCUAUCUACUCUAACCGAUUCCAACAAUUAAAUAUCUCAAUUUUGGAAUCUUUAUAAUAGAUAUAUCUUUCUCUUCUAUGAAAGAUUACUUUUGAGUUAGGUUAAGUGCAGCACAAGUUUGAGUUCUUAGAAGUUUAGGGCUUUAAUUGCAAACAUGUAACCAGACAUUGCCUUGGCGAUGAAUCUCCCCGCCUCAGCUGAAGCUCCUAGACAACAGCAAACAAAUACUUUAGCCGGCACUCAAUCGAUUUACCAGCUAAGCGUCAUGCAGUACAGUUGGCUGCCACAGGAACGGCGCGAGGUGAGAAUAAGGGAGAAGCCUCCUUUGGUUAUAUCGCUGCAGCGCUAUGCGCGGCUCCAGGCGAAUGCCUGCCAGGCAGACAAGGAGCAGCAGCGGCAGAGGCAGCAGCAGCGACAGCUUUACGAGGAGCAGCUGCGUCUGGGCGGCGAGGAGCUGCUGCGUCGCUUCGGCGGUCGCAAGCUGUGCCCCACAGCGGAGGAGCAGUGCCGCAGAGCUCAGCAGCAGCAGCAGGCGGAGCAGCAGCUGGCCAAGCAGCGUGCGCUCGAGGAGAGCGACGCGGUGCAGCGUGAGGAGCAGCUCAGGCAGCGGCAGCGCAUCGAAAAGGCGCAGCAGCUGCUGGAGCAGCUGCGUCCGGGACCGCGGGAACUGCACUGCGCCAAGCAGCAGAGUCAGGUGCUGCGAGGCAUCAUUGCCCAGAGGCAGAUGCAGGCACAGUUUGCGGCGGCAGCGGAGCAGCAGCGCACGCUGGACAGGCGCAACUACAGCGAGCAGGUGCUCAAUGGGCUGGAAGAGGCGCAGUUGCGUCUACAGGAGCGACGCCAGCAGUUGGGCCAGCACAAGCGCGAUCUGCUCAAAUCCAUCGAGCAGCGGCAGCAGGAACGCAGCGCGGCCAAAGCGGAGCAGCUGGAGCUGGCACGCCAGGAGCGGCAGCGCAACGAGCUGCAACUGAAGCAGCAGCUGGACAAGGAGCGCGCUGAGCAGGCGGCCAAGCUGCAGCAGAGACGCCAGCACACGCUGGCAUCCCUAGAGGCAGCCGAGCAGCGGCGGCAGCAAAUGCAGCUUUUAGAUAAGGUGGAACUGGCGAUAUGCGAGCUGCACAACGAGGCAAAGGCCAAGCUGGACGGCCUGAAGAUCGACCUGGCCAAGCAGCGUGUGCAGCGGCGACUGCAGCGCAACGAGCAGCUGGCCAAGGAGCUGGCACCGCGGCUGCACUACAGCGCUGGCGAGGAUCAGCUGCGCCACGAGCGCCAGCUGGCGGAGAUGCGACGAGCGCAUAGUGUCGAGCAGCAGACAGCUCGCCAGCGACGGCAGCAGAUGAAGGCCGAACGCCUGGCCAUGCAGCGGUCCGAGCAGGAGCAGGCCGAGGCGGCCAAGCGGCAAGCGGAGGCACAACGUCGCGACGACAUGGACAGACGUGUGCAAAACGAGCUGAUUCACGUGCAGUUCAAGCGGCAGCAGCGCCAGGAGCAGCUGCGUCGCCAGCACGAGCUGCGCGCGCAGCUGGACAAACAGGAGCAGCUGCGUCGCAACGAGGAAGCGCGUCCGACCACCAACUACAAUCGACUGGCGCAGCUGGAGUGCUUGCGCGAGGAUGCCCAGUUCAUGGAGUACGCCUAUCGGCUGAUGACCGAGGCGCAGGCCAAGGGCUGUCCUCUCAGGCCAUUCGUGCGCGUUCUGGACCAGUACAAAAGCCAGAAUCGUAUUGGCGCCGAGGUGCGGAUACCACGACAUCUGAUCACCAAAUUGAGCAUGGGACGACGCACCAAAGGCGACAGCUCGCCGCAACAGGGGAAGGAGACCAUGGAUCAGGCAGCAAAUGAGGAGGAAGAGUACAAAAGAAAAAUUGAGCAGAAUCUCAAGAAAAUUGAGGCCCUGCUGCUGGCCGAAUCAAAGCUCAAGGACGAGCCGAAGAACUAAGAAAUGGCAGUGCGAAAACAGGUCCGGAAUCAAGGAAGGAAUCAAGGAAGUACUCAAAGGACAAGCUAUUCAUAGAGGGCAUCUUUGAUGUUACCUCUAGAAUAUCUUGCUGAAGUUCCCCUAUAUAUUUUAUAUAUAUUUAUAUAAGAUUUAUCUAUACCAGCUCCUAAAAUAAUCAUUUGAAGUUAAAGCUCAUUUUAAGUAUAAAAA